CUCUUCUAUUGCGCUUUUACUUGGGUUACUCUUUCCGGCUAUGUAGGCUUAACAAAAGUUAUAUGCCGGGUGAUGCGUCGAUGCAACUUUAAUUAAACAAAAGUUUAGACAAUAUGAAGUGUGAACAACCUUCUGAGAAUGUUUUUUGAGGAAGCGAAGUUUAGCGUAACGUAGAUGCUUGGACACAAGCGAAUUUCGACCUUGCUGUGCUUGAAAGUGAACUUCCCGAGCGUGGAUUCUAUCUAAUUUUCGUUGUGCCGGUAAAUUCAAAUGUACUCGUUUAAACGAACGAACUAACGACAACAAUGACACGUUUCUUGCUAACACUCUGCUUCCGUGGAAGGCCAAAGAAACAAGCCGAGCCAAAAUCAGCCUGACACUUAUGCAAUAGUUUCAAAAAUGGAGCAACGGAAGACCACGGUUAAAACUGAAAUUAAGAACGGUAAGAAGAUUGUUACAACUACAACCAUUGCGACGACUGAUCUUAACCCUAUGAAUCUGGAUGAACCACAAGGCGCUUUCCUCAAGUGUCCAGUAGAGCUCCCUGUGACGAUUGCGCCUAAGACAAAACAUACGAAGGGAGACUUUCAAAGAAAAGCCCUAGAGAGGCAUAACUAUUACCGAUUUCUGCAUGGAGUGCCCCCGCUUGAAUGGUGCUCAAAGUGCGCCAGCAAGGCGCAAGCGUAUGCGAACCAUUUGGCCAAGACACAGUCGCUCGAACACAGCCACGAUAAAAGCUGGGGAGAAAAUUUGUUCACGUCGACGGGCUCGCGUGAACCUGUCAUCUCGGCCGAUGCAGCGGUGGACUCGUGGUACAACGAGGUCAACUAUAUAAAGAACUAUACAGAUCCUUCGCCCAGCAACUUUUAUGAGACCGGCCACUUCACUCAGCUCGUCUGGAAGGAUACGACACAUGUUGGAAUGGCGUACGCAGUUAAUGGUAAUAAUGCUUAUAUUGUAGCAAACUAUCUUCCACCAGGAAACCUUUUAGGAAAGUUCCCUGAGAACGUUUUUCCACGGACUGAAUAACGGCUACCAUAGCCAUUAACUUGAAGCGGCUUCAUUGAAGUUGUGCCACUUCACACUCAAUAUGGGUCAAUUUUAUUCACAGCAAUAAACCGAUUAUGGGAAGCAUUACUCUGUUUACAUACU